GGCUACCUGGCUCACAGUCUGGCCAUCAUGACGGACGCGGCUCACCUGCUGACAGACUUUGGCAGUAUGAUGGUGAGCCUGUUCUCCCUGUGGAUCUCCUCCAGACCGCCCACCAAAACCAUGAGCUUUGGUUGGCACCGAUCAGAGAUCCUGGGAGCGUUAGUCUCAGUCAUGUCCAUCUGGAUCGUUACGGGCGCGCUGGUCUAUUUAGCCAUCGAGAGGAUCGUUCGCAACGACUACGAGAUCGAUGGUCACGUGAUGUUGGUCACCUCUGGGUGCGCCGUCAUCGUCAACAUCAUCAUGGCGUACAUCCUCCAUCACUCCACCACCUUCCACGCUCACGGCAGCGGUUACCACCACAUCGACGAGGACGGCCACAGUCCCGUCUCCCACGGUCACUCCCACGCGCUGCUCGGUGGCCAUGGCAACACCAGCGUCCGCGCCGCCUUCAUCCACGUGGUCGGCGACCUGCUGCAGAGCGUCGGCGUCACCGUGGCCGCCAUCAUCAUCUACUUUCGGCCCGAGUAUAAGAUUGCAGAUCCCAUCUGUACGUUCCUGUUCUCCGUCUUCGUCCUCUGCACCACCGUCACCAUCCUCAGAGACGUCUUCAGGAUACUGAUGGAAGGCUCUCCUAAAGGAAUAGAGUUUAACUCGGUGAAGGAAGUGCUGCUGUCUGUGAAGGCGGUGAAGUCGAUGCACAGUCUGCACCUCUGGGCUCUGACUCUGGGACAGUCGCUGGUCUCUGUUCACCUGGCCGUCGAGGAAGGCUCCGACCCUCAGUCUGUGCUGCAGGAAGCCACCGAUCUGCUUCACACCAAGUUUGGUUUCUACAGCAUCACCAUCCAGGUGGAGCUCUACUCUGAAGACAUGAGCCACUGCAGCCACUGCCAGGACCCCUGUGACUGA